CCUCUCUCGUUCUUCUCAGAGAGCAGAAGCUGUCAGGGUGAGCUGAAGCUGAGUGCUGCUGCUCUGACAAUAACAGCAGUUAUGUGGCUCUAGUCUUUUCACAAGGCCGAAUGAGUAUUUGACUCCAAACGGAGCUACCGAGUCACCUAAAGUCGGUGCUUCGGAUCAUAUUUUUGGACAUGUUUUCUUAAUUUGCUGCUACCUCGCUGGUUAGCUUCCGGGUUCGCGUGACGUUUUUACUGUGUUGCUAUUUGGCUUUAUCUGCUUCACAGCUCAGAUUAAAUCCAUCACGAAGUGCUAUCGUCUCCAGGUCUUCCAGAUUGGAUCGCAGUAACGAUGGAGUCCCGUUUUGGCAGCACUAGUCCGGUUAGCGCCGCAUUUAAACGCAGGCCUGACGGGAUCCACGGCCUUUCCUCACUCACUUUGCCCGACGUGAGCGGCUCGAGCGCGCACUGUAGGACUUUGUUCUCGCCCGGGCCGGCGGCGGUUCUGUCUCCGGUCACCAACUUGGCUCUGGACAUGAACAAUUUAGCCGGACUUGGGAGCCAGUACGACACUCCUAAGAGAAGAAAGUCUCCCCCCCUUGAGAAGGUCCCCUCUUUUGCCUCUGAUGCCUCCUCUGAUGCUGGCCUUGGUCUGGAUCUCCCCAGCCCCGUGGAUGGAGAAGUGGAAGAUGUGUUUGAAAAGGGCAUUCAGCAGUCCAGUCGAGUGUGUAACCAGACAAGGUCAAUUCGAAGAAACAACUCCUUACCACUCCAGCUCCUGGGCUUCAGUCCGUGUCUGAAAGGACAAGAGACAGACUCAAAUCGCUAUGGAAUAUUUGGCCAGCCACCUUCUCAGAGGACUGCUUCAUCCAGCUCUAAGCAUGACAAGGAGAACAUGCCAGAGGAGGGCUUUGAAUUCAAAAAACCCUCCAAGCCUGUGUCACGGAGUCGUGGGCGCUCCUUCAACGGCGACCACCCAAAGGACGCCUUCGCCCUGCGACCCAACUCGGCCCCGGCUCUAAUGCUCUCCUCACCUCCUCCAGUCUCUCAGAUCGACUCCUUUAACUCCAGCCCUUUGUGUCUGAGACGCUCCUCCCUCACCUCCUCCCUACGUGACGACGACGACGACGACGGCUUCUUAGACAUAUUUGAUGACAACAUGGAGGAUGACUCUGGGAUGCCAACAGGGAUGGCGAGUUUGCUCACUGCCCCGCUGAUGGCUGACAGCACAGCAGAAGACUCUCCUGUUAUCCGGUGUCGACCACGGAACCUGUUUCGCUCACCUUCCACGCCCAGUCCGGCGUCCCGUCCCUCUGGGAAGCGCCCCGACUGCCCCACUGACGAAAACACCCCCAUCAGGGUAAAGAGACGACGCAGCCUGGCAGGAGCGUGCGUCACCACUCUGGAAGAAAAGUCGGAGUCUCCUAGAUCUAGUUUUUCUCUGCUCCAAAGGUCCAAGUCCUUCUGUCACGUAGAGAUAGAGAAGCUGCUCGACCGUGAGAGCGGCUCUCAUGAGCUGAUAGGAGACUUCACUAAGCCUUUCGUGCUGCCCACCGUGGAGGGCAAACAUCAGGACCUGAAGUACAUCACCUCUGAGAUGAUGGUCGCAGCUCUGACCGGACAGUUUGAUCAUUCAGUCGAGCAAAUCAUCGUCAUCGACUGUCGCUACCCUUACGAGUUUGAAGGCGGACACAUCAAAGGUGCUCUGAACCUGCAUCAGGAGGAGCAGGUUGAGAACUUCCUCCUCAGGACACCCAUUGCCCCGUCCUUCCCAGACAAACGGGUUGUCAUCGUCUUCCACUGCGAGUUCUCCUCGGAGCGUGGCCCUAGAAUGUGCCGCUUCAUCCGGGAGCGAGACCGCGCUCUGAACGAGUAUCCCAAACUCCACUACCCCGAGCUCUACGUCCUCAAGGAUGGAUACAAGGACUUCUACCAUCAUUUUCAGUCCCAGUGUGAGCCCCCGUCCUACCGGCCCAUGCUCCAUGAAGAUUUUAAGGACGACCUGAGGAAGUUUCGCCUGAAAAGCCGCACCUGGGCUGGGGAGCGCAGCAAGAGAGACAUGUACACCCGCCUGAAGAACCUGUGACUUCCUCACUGAAGCCCGAGUCCUCGCCCAUCUACGGGAUAACAGCUUUUGAGAUCGCACACGCUGAAAAAAGAAUUUUUUAUUUUUAGAUCUCAAAAGUUAUUUAACAAAAGUCGAAGGUUUGUGCAAAUUUUAACCGAGGGCCGGUGUGACGAGCAGAAGACUCAGCCUGAAGAGAAAGCGUUCAGAGGUGUAAUUAAGAUGAUUUUUGUUUUAGUAAAACCACUUGGACCUACUGUCUGUUCUACUUUAUUUUAUUUUAUAUGAUGGCAUUGGCUGCACAUUCGGUGCCAUCCAGCAAUAAUCCAACCAAACCAAGCUGCAAAGGCGCAGGUUUCUCGUAUUGAAGCACUUAAUUUUAAUACCUUGGAAUGGUAUAGUGCUUUUUUUGAUACGUUUUUUAGACAUAUGGUUGACAAGUUGUGUUUUACUUUAACAUCAUGUGUUUUUGUUGUGUUUAAGUGUCUCAAAAUGCAAAUUGGCUAAUGGAAUGAUGUAAAAGAUGAAUACAGACGUUUUCAUUUCUCAUCCUUCUCAGCUGUGAUUUUAUUGUACCAAAGCACACAACGCCUACCUGGUGACUGCUCUGAGUCUAGCUUAGUGUGAGGAGAUUUAUGGUCUUGGCAUCUUUUUAAAAAACGUUUUAAUUGAAUUACUAAAUUUUCGUGUGUGUGUGUGUGUCAGUCAUGGGGGGAGCUGCUGAAAUAAACAUCCAGUGUGUGACACAAA